AUGGAGACGGAAAACAAUACAACAGGGACAGAGUUCAUUAUUUUGGGAUUAACAGACAAUCCUAUGCUAUGUGCCAUUUUCUUCAUGGUUUUUCUAACAGUUUAUAUAGUUACCAUAGUGGGAAAUAUUAGCAUAAUCCUCUUAAUCCAAAGCAGCCCAAAGCUUCACACCCCAAUGUACCUUUUUCUCAGCCAUUGCUUCGUGAACAUUGGGUAUUCCACAUCGGUUACACCAAUCAUGCUCAUCAGUUUCUUAAGAGAGAAAACAACUAUUCCUGUCACGGGCUGUAUAGCACAGCGCUCUGAUGUCAUGUUUGGAACCACAGAGUGCUUCCUACUGGCCACUAUGGCCUACGAUCGCUAUGUAGCUAUCUGCUUUCCCCUGCUUUACUCCAUCCAAAUGCCCCCAGUCAUCUGCCUCCUCCUACUGGGAGCCUCCUACCUGGGUGGAUUCAUGAACGCUUCGUCCUUUACAGGCUGUUCGAUGAACCUGUCCUUCUCUGGUCCAAAUAAAAUCAACCAUUUUUUCUGUGACCUCUUUCCACACUUGAAGCUUUCUUGUGGCCAUGUUUACAUUGCUGAAAUAUCCCCUGCCAUCUCCUCUGCAUCUGUCCUUAUCAGCACGCUGUUUACCAUAAUCAUGUCCUACAUCUACAUCCUCUGCUCCAUCCUGAAGAUGCGCUCUACUGAGGGAAGGAAGAACGUUUUCUCCACCUGCGCUUCCCACCUCACUGCAGUCACUUUGUUCUAUGUGACCAUUUUGUUUGUUUAUGUGAUGCCCAAGUCAAGCUAUUCAGCGGAUCGGGUCAAGUUGGCAUCUGUGAUCUAGACGGUGAUGAUUCCCAUGCUGAACCCCCUCAUCUACAGUCUUAGGAAUAAGGAGGUGAAAGAGGCCAUGAGAAAAUUGAUGGCAAGAACACAUUGGUUUUCCUGA